CUUAAUUUUAAACACAAUAUUACUAUUCUCAGAAGCCUGGUAAUUGAUUUUCUCCAACCUUGUCUAUAUAAUCAGUAGUGCAUGUUAUAGAAUUUUGUAUCAAGAAGCAAAGCAAAAUGAAUAGGCUUCUCGCAGAUCACACACUGCCAGUUCUCAGGCGUUCUGGAAAUUACAAACCUUGCAUUCACAGACACAACAAUUUGGUGCAGUCCUUGACCACUGAAUAUAAGGUGCUUCCCUUCAUUUCUUCUUCUUUUUUCCUUUCCUUUUCAUGUAAUGCACAAUUUUUCAAACAGAUUGAACGUUUCAAAGGACGGGUGGACAAGUUGAGAGAAGAUGUGGUCGAGAUGUUUAAUGAUGUUAGUGAGCCUUUAGAUCAACUUGAGCUGAUUGAUGAUUUGCAAAGACUUGGAGUGGCUUAUUAUUUUGAUGGAGAAAUUAAGAGCACCCUUGAGAAGAUUUUCGAGGAUCAAAAUAAUAAUCACUGGGAAAUCAAGGAUUUGCAUGCUACUGCUCUUAAAUUUAGACUCCUCAGACAACACGGGUAUGCUGUAUCUGAAGAUGUACUCGAGAGUUUUAUGGAGAAUGGAAGCAUUAAAGAAUGUCUUUGGGACGAUGUCAAGGGAAGUUUGAGUUUGUACGAAUCUUAUUACUUCUCUUCUGAAGGGGAUUCUCUGAUGGAGGCUGCAUGGUGCUUUACAACCAAAACUCUUAGAGAGCAUUUAGAUGACAUCAUUGAUCCGAUUCUCAGCAUCAAAGUGAGGCAUGCCUUGAAGAGCCCAUUAGAUUGGAGGAUGCCAAAACUAGAAGCAAGAUGGUACAUAGAUGUGUACAGCAGAAGUAAUAACAUGAAUCCUGCACUGCUAGAACUUGCUAAGUUGGACUUUAACAUUGUGCAAGGAGUGUAUCAAGAGGAUCUAAAAAGCUUUUCGAGAUUCUGGAACGAGUUAGGUUUGGCCAACAGACUGAGCUUCGCUAGAGAUAGGCUGGUGGAAUCUUUCAUAUGGGCUGUGGGAAUGAACGUGAAUCCAGAACUACGAUACAGCAGAAUUCAAUUAGCCAAGCAAGUACAAUUCAUUACAUACAUAGAUGAUAUUUACGACGUUUAUGGCACAUUAGAUGAAGUGGAACUCUUCACUGAUGCCAUUGAGAGGUGGGAUAUUAAUUCCAUAGAACAGCUUCCGGACUACAUGAAGAUCUGCUUCCUCGCGCUUUACAACUUUGUGAAUGAGAUGGUCUACAAGAUAUUCAAGGAGCAGAGCUUUGAUGUUCUGCCACACCUAAAAAGAACAUGGCUCGAUCUGGCCAAAGCUUACUGUGAGGAGGCGCGGUGGUAUCAUAGUGGAUACAAACCAACACUGGAAGAGUACCUGAGAAAUGGAAUGAAGUCAAUUGCAAUUCAAAUUUGCAUAGUUCAGAAUUACAUUUGUUCCGAAAAUCCAGUCAGAAGGGAAGCCCUGACGUUCUUGAUGGAUAUGCCAGAGAUAUUAAGCUCAGCAUGCCUACUUGGCCGAAUCAUUGAUGACAAUGGAACCUCCUCGCAUGAGCUAGCGAGAGGAGAUGUUCUGAAAGCAGUGCAAUGUCACAUGUCUGAUACAGGAUGCACCGAAGAAGAAGCUCAUGCUCACAUGAAGGACCUAAUGAGAGAGCUAUGGAGAAGAAUGAACAAGUAUCGAUUGCAGAAUAUGGCUCUGCCUCUCCAAGUAGUUGAUUAUAUUUUCGAUCUUCUGAGAGCAACUCAUUAUACUUAUCGUGAUGGAGAUGGAUUCAGUGUUCAGCAUGAUGGUAAGAGUAAGAUUUUACUCAGUGCAUUGAUUGUUGAGCCUAUUCCCGGGUAAGCAAAUUGAUGUCACUUGCAUACAACAUUAUCAAAAGAGAUUAUGGGUGUAAGAAAGUGUAACAUUUUGUAGGAGUUUGUGAGAAUAAAUCAUAGGAGCUAGUUUAUGAGUGUGCACAAAAAUAUGCAAGAGUUCGUGUUAUGUGUGUGGUUCAGGAUUAAAUCAUGUAGCUGUGUGGAAAAAUACUCUAAAGAAAAAAGGCCCCAAAAAUAAUCUUAAUGACAAAGAUGAUUUAAAGUUCUUGAAAUAGAAUAUUUUAAAUUGAUAUUAAUGACGAUAAAAGAAAAGUGGUAUGUUGACAAAUAAAAAUAUUGAGAACUUAAGUUUGAUGAUUAGUGUGAAUU